AUGCUGAAUAUUCAUUGCUCUCUCAUCUUGCUGCUUCCCCACUCCCCCACGCACUGCUCCCCCUUCCCUACUCUCUGCUUCUUCACUCACCCCUACGCUGCUCCUCCUUCCCAACUCGCUGCUCCCCUCUCCCCCCUGCGCUGCUCCCCUUUUCCUACUCACUGCUUCCCCUCUCCCCCUCUGCGCUGCUCCCCUUUUCCUACUCGCUGCUCCCCGCCCCCCCUCUGCGCUGCUCCCCUUUUCCUACUCGCUGCUCCCCGCUCCCCCCCUGCGCUGCUCCCCUUUUCCUAUUCGCUGCUUCCCCGCUCCCCCUCUGCGCUGCUCCCCUUUCCUACUCGCUGCUCCCCGCUCCCCCUCUGCGCUGCUCCCCUUUUCCUACUCGCUGCUCCCCGCUCCCCCUCUGCGCUACUCGCCUUUUCCUACUCGCUGCUCCCCGCUCCCCCUCUGCGCUGCUCCCCAUUUCCUACUCGCUGCUCCCCGCUCCCCCCCUGCGCUGCUCCCCUUUUCCUACUCGGUGCUUCCCCGCUCCCCCUCUGCGCUGCUCCCCUUUUCCUACUCGGUGCUUCCCCGCUCCCCCUCUGCACUGCUCCCCUUUUCCUACUUGCUGCUUCCCCGCUCCCCCCCUGCACUGCUCCCCUUUUCCUACUCGCUCCUUCCCCGCUCCCCCCUUGCGCUGCUCCCCUUUUCCUACUCGCUGCUUCCCCGCUCCCCCCCUGCGCUGCUCCCCUUUUCCUACUCGCUGCUUCCCCUCUUCACCCUGCACUGCUCCCCCCUCCCACCCAACUCUCUUCUUCCCCACCCCCUGCACUGCUCCGUCGUCCCCAGUUUAAUUCAUCCCCCCUCCUGGCCCCGCUUUCAUACUCCCGUCCAUUCCUUUUCCGCCUCUCCCAUCCCUCCCUUGCCCUUCCUCCGUUCCCCAUUUGUCCAUCUCUCCGUUUUCCCUUUACCCUUUCUCCCAUAAACCAUUCGUCCUUCCUUCCAUCUUCCCCCGCAUUUCCCUCUGCUCCCCAUUGCCAUCUCCUCUCUCCUUCCUUCCGUCUCCGCCUAUCCCCUUCUCUGCCCUUUCCAACGCAAUUCCCUGCCCGUGUCUCUCCUUCCUUCCUCUCCAGCCUUCUUUCCUAUAUCUCUCUCCGCCCAUGA